GAAAGGACGGGGUGCCCUAGCGAAAACGCGCACUAUCAGUGGUGCAUGAUGUGUGCGCGUUCGAUGGCGUAAGCAGCCGCAUUUUGAAGGUACGCGAGGCGCGCUUUGCGCUUCAUCGUCGGAUUGAGCCGCGCAGCAAGGUGGAAACCGCCUACAGUAGAUGCUGUUCAGAGCUGUCUUUGGAGUAUUCCUAACGUGUUGCUUUACUACGUUUGCCAUGGCUUGGAGGUCACACGGCAAAAACAACCUCGAUUUGGUGCGCAACUUGAAGCGCAAUGGAAUCAUCAGGAGCCAGAAGGUUGAAGACGUGAUGAGUAGCGUUGACAGAGGAAACUACUGCCCCCACAACCCCUACAUGGACUCACCGCAGGGAAUCGGAUACGCCGUCACAAUCAGCGCACCACACAUGCAUGCCCAGGCCCUAGAGUCUCUCAAGGAUCACCUGAAGGAAGGAGCAAGGGCCCUGGAUGUUGGCUCAGGGAGUGGCUACCUCACGGCUUGCAUGGGGCUCAUGGUUGGCGAGACUGGUUUGGCCGUGGGCAUUGACCACAUUCCGGAACUGGUCAACGAGUCCAUUGCCAACAUUGAACGCGACCAACCAGAACUGCUUAAAUCCAAAAGGGUCAAGAUGCUCGUGGGAGACGGUCGCGAAGGGUAUCCCGAGAACGCUCCAUAUGAUGCAAUCCAUGUGGGAGCGGCAGCUCCGGACAUGCCAAAAAAGCUGGUGGAACAGCUCAAGCCUGGUGGACGCCUGAUCUGCCCUGUUGGACCAGCCGGUGCGAGCCAGACGCUGGAGCAGGUGGACAAGCUGGAGGAUGGCACCGUGCGGCGCACCUCCCUCAUGGGCGUCGUCUACGUGCCGCUGACGGACAAGGAGUCCCAGUGGCCUGGAAGCUCACGCAAUCAACCCAGUGCUCAUCGCCUAUCAGCCAGAACAGCGAGGGCUUCGCGAACUCCUUCACAGCGCGAAGACAGCGACAGUACAACACACGAGCCCAGUCUCUGCUGUUCCAAGGUUGCUGGUGCUUGUGUGCUGUUUCUAAAGGGUUGUCUGCACCACGCUGUAAGAGAUGAACUCCCGGUGGCUCACCCCUAGCAGUGGCCGCCGUGAUGAACUAUAAGAGGAAGGCGGCAGCGCGGAAGUGUGGAGAGUCGUCGUCUAGCCACGCAGAGGCCGACGAGACCUAGUCCUUGUUUCUCUUCCUAAGCGACAACCCAAACAGGCAACAAGAACAAGCGGGGAUGAUUUUUCACCCCAAGUCGCUUAAAAUGGACGCCUCUCACAGUUGAUUACUUUUUUUUUUUCUUGUCUUGUCCCGCACGUGUGCCAAUUGUUGCAGCCUUAUUUAUGGACUCGACAAUUCCUCACCGGCUUGAUGUUGCAACGCUGGACUUGAAUGGCAAUUCCCCAUGAACUGUUGGUUCAGGUGUGCUGAGAGACUGGGAGAUUUGUGUGGUUGUAGUGGGUGUGCUGGAGACAUGAAGAGGGCCAACGCCAUCAGUUUUGUUCCCACGUUUCCUCCAAUAGUGUAGCAUUUGAAACAAGCUUUGGCAAUGUUCUUCAGCUGAAGCUGAGUGUGCCCCACUUCUUUUUGUCAUGUUUUUUUCUUUCUUUGUGCAAUGAGUGCUAGCCAGGCCCACCUUGUGGCAACACGACAUGCAGCAUUUCAAUAAACAUCAUUUUGAGGGCUUCUUACAGCUGUCCUUUGA